AUGUACCCAAAUGCGGCAUCUCCACUGUCGCUCUCACCGUCUCCCACCUCCUCCGAAGCCUGGACCCCGGCUCGGAGACCGAGUCUCGAACCUGAACGGGAGAUUCUCUCAACACGGGGCCAUAGUCUCCCAGGACUACUUCGCGAGCGAUCGCUUUCACUCCCGCCUCCUGCUGCUCGGGAUGAGUACGUUGUUGAGCAUGGUGAUGGAGCGCCCUUCCGGAACAGACGCGAAAGUCUUCCGGUCUCUCUCAGAGGAAUGGCCUUGAUCGGAGCAAGUAAUCCAAUGUACCAAUGGCAUCGCUAUUAUAAAUCCCCCGAGGAGCUGAAAAGCAUGAAGAAACACCUGCGGAAAUACUACGAACGCACCAAUGAGCUCGUGUCACAGUAUCUAUACAUCGAUCAACUGCUGGACUCAUCGCUACCACACCAAUUGAUAGAUGAAUACAAUCAUGAUCACGAUAAAGUCGCCCACCUGUCGACCAGAGGCCGAGAGCAGAAUGGUGAGGGUUCACCAGUAGACACCUCAACCCGGAAGAUCAAAAGGACUCCACGCAACUUAUACCGUGUUCCCAGCGAACGGUCACCGCUGCUGCCGCCAACCAUCGAAGAGGACGCCCCGUUUCCCGAAAUCCCUUCCCCAGAUGCUCAUGAGCACGUCCAGAGCGGCGAUCGCAUCGUCACAGUCGCCAUCUAUGUCAACUUGCUCGCCAAUGUGUUCUUGCUGGGUGCCAAAAUUGCGGUCAUGAGUCUGACGAGUUCCAUGUCCGUUUUGGCCAGUUUGGUGGACGGCGCAUUAGACUUUCUGAGUACGGUUAUCGUGUGGACGACAACUAAGCUUGUCCAGCGUCAGGACCGGUACCGAUACCCCAUCAGUCGACGGCGGCUGGAGCCUCUCAGUAUCCUGGUGUUCGCGGUGGUGAUGGCGACCUCAUUUGUGCAGGUGGCCAUCACCUCGUUGGGGCGUUUGCUAGGUCCAGACCACGAACUGGUAAAUCUCUCGCUACCAGCAAUCUUGAUCAUGGCUAGCACCGUCGUGGUAAAACUUCUCUGCUGGUUUUGGUGCCGAUUGAUCAAGAAUACUGGUGUUCAGGCCCUAGCGCAGGACGCCAUGACGGACGUGGUCUUCAACCUUUUCAGUAUUCUCUUUCCACUGGUGGGCUUCUUUGCCAACUGGUGGUUCUUGGACCCGCUUGGUGGUCUCCUGCUCUCCGUCUACAUCAUCUCGAACUGGAGCGGGACCGCAGCCGAGCAUAUCCGCCAUCUCACCGGCGCCGCUGCCUCGCCCACUGACCACAGCGUCCUGCUGUACAUGACCAUGCGGUUCUCCAAAAUAAUCGCCAAAAUCCAAGAUUUGAAGGCCUACUACGCGGGGGAUCAUCUCAAUGUCGAAGUGGACAUUGUUGUGGAUGAGAGAACGAGCUUGCGCGAUGCUCAUGACGUCGGUGAGAGUCUACAGUACAUGCUGGAAAGCGUGCCUACUGUCGACCGCGCGUUUGUGCAUCUGGACUAUGACCCGUGGAAUAUCCCGAGCCACAUGAAUCAAUUGGAAGCAUAG